AUGGGCUUUGUUUCAUCUCAAAGACACGGCAUACCAAACACAGUGGUGAGUGACAACAGACCAUGCUUCAACAGCAAAGAGUGGCAGAAAUUUGCAGAACAGUAUGACUUCAGGCAUGUCACAUCUAGUCCUCUAUAUGCACAGUCAAAUGGAAAAGCUGAGAAAGGAACCCACAUUCUCAAACAGCUCCUGAAGAAAGCUGCUGACAGCCAGGUUUUUUCUUUGGAUUGGAAGAUCGCGCUUGGUGUUUCAUACCCCAAGCUGGAAUCAAGUGGCGAGCCACCCAUAGGAGACCUGCUGGAUCCACGUGGUGUGAGCUCUGGAGGAGCUCCAGGUGAGAUCGAUGAACCAGAUGAGUUAGGCAGGAGCAGCCUGACGAGGGCGGGGCUGACGAGGCAGGGACCUUUAGUUGGCAUGGUUGUCGUCUUCAUCACAAGUGUUGAAAGCACACUUCUGCUGGAGUGGUGCCCGGCUCAGUGCGAAUGCGAAUCAGAGACUCGUGGAAUUUCAUGCUUUGAUAUUGACGUCAUACCCAGCUUCCAUCCCAGCACCGAGGAGGUGUGGCUGGUAGAGACUCGACUUCUCUCCAUCCCCCAAGAUGCCUUUGCUAACUUGGUGAACGUUUCACACAUCUACAUCUCUGACGAUGAGGGUUUAAGACAUCUGGACAAGCAUUCUUUCCACAAUCUACCACUGAUAGUGCACAUAGAAAUAAGAAGUCUCAGAACACUAUCGCAGAUUGACCCAGAAGCAUUUAAGGACCUGCCUAAUUUAAAGUAUCUCGGCAUUUUCAACACAGGUCUAUACUCCUUUCCUGUCAUUUACAACAUACAAUCCACACAAGAGGAGUUUUUACUAGAGAUAGUGGAUAACCUCUUGAUUGAAAUGAUACCUGCCAAUUCCUUCCACGGAAUAUGCGACAAUGAUCUCACCAUUAUAAUGAAUGGCAAUGGCUUGAAAGAGAUCCAGCACUAUGCCUUCAAUGGGAGCAGACUCCAAGAAGUGUAUCUUAACAAGAAUGUGGAUUUGGAGAGAGUAGAUGAAUUUGCUUUUUCUGGUGUGAUUCACGGCCCAACACUCCUAGACCUUUCAGAGACUAGAGUGAGUUCUUUGCCUUCAAUAGGACUGGGGCUCAUUGAAAAACUGCGAGCUAAAAACACUUGGACCCUCAAGAAACUACCUCCUCUUACAGCCUUUCUGCAUUUGCAAAAAGCUGAAUUGACCUUCCACAGCCACUGCUGUGGCCUCAAAAACCUGAAAAGAUGGAGGGGACACACUGAGGCAGCUAUAUGCAACUUGACCAGGGCUGGUGUGGGACAGCAACUGCAGAAAUCUUCUGGAACUUUCUACCCGGGGUAUCAGAGACACAAACCAUUUCAUCAGGAUCCACAUCUACAUGACAGUGACAAUCUCGAAAACAUUGAAAAGCCAUAUCACCAUCAAUAUUCCAUUUGUCCCUCAGAAGAGAGGGGCUUGUUCUAUGUGGACUCACCAAUGGGGGAUCCUGAUGAAGGAUUUGACUAUGCACUCUGCAAUAAACUUCAUAUGGACAAUUUCAAGGUGUCCUGCAGACCCCUUCCUGAUGCCUUCAACCCAUGUGAGGAUGUGAUGAGCCAUGGAUUCCUAAGGGUGUUUGUGUGGAUUGUUAGUCUCUUAGCUAUUCUAGCUAACUCUCUCGUCAUGGUCAUUCUGCUGAUCAGCCACCACAAAUUGUCUAUAACCCGUUUCCUCAUCUGCCACUUAGCGUUUGCAGACUUCUGCAUGGGACUCUACUUACUGCUUAUUGGAUCUGUUGACCUUUAUACUCGCUCUCAAUAUUACCAUCAUGCCAUUGACUGGCAGACAGGAGCUGGUUGCAACCUAGCAGGGACAUUAUCAAUAUUUGCUAGUGAACUAUCUGUCUACACAUUAACUGCAAUAACCCUUCAACGCUGGCAUGACAUUUUUUUUGCUAUGAGAUCCAAGCAAAAACUGCGAAUGCGACACAUAGCUGCGGUAAUGCUCGUUGGCUGGUUGCUUUGCCUGAUUCUUGCACUGCUCCCAUUGGCUGGUGUGAGCAGUUACCAGAAGGUGAGUGUCUGCUUGCCUAUGGACACCAAGACAUCUGCUGCUCAAGUCUAUGUGGUCUCUGUUCUUACGCUAAACAUCUUGGCUUUCAUGGUUGUAUGUGUAUGCUAUUUCCACAUUUACUGCAUGGUGCACAACCCUGAGCACCAGUCAAGCAAACAAGAUGCCAGUAUGGCAAAACGUAUGGCUGUGCUGAUUUUCACCAACCUCCUGUGCCUGUUCCCUGUCUCCUUCUACGGAUUGUCUGCAGCCCUCCACCGACCACUAAUCACAGUCACACAGUCUAAGGUUUUGCUGGUGCUGUUCUAUCCUCUCAACUCCUGUGCCAAUCCGUUCCUCUACACUAUCCUGACAAGGACAUUUCACCGUGAUGUCCUGAUGUUGCUGAGCCGCACCGGGAUUUUCCAGCCCCAAACACAGUUCAACAGAUAUUAA